UGCAUGAUAUAAUAAUAAUGAUACUGACUAACCUUACGGAAGUUACGUAAGGUCAUCUCGUCGCAUGUAAUUAUAUAUUUAAGAAGUUCUAUAUGAAAAAUUUGAAGAAGGAUCCCGAUCCUUGCAAAGAAUUUGCAUGUAAAUUGCAGAAGUGUUUACAGGAUAACGUCUUCCAACCAUCUCGUUGUCAAGGAGUGAUCGAAGAGCUGAGACAGUGUUGCACAAAGCGAACCACUAAUUCCACAGUUUGCGACGGCAUAAACACUACCAAACCAUAUAAUCAUAAUACUGUCGAUUAUCGGGAAGCCAUGAAAUAGAUGAUGGAUUCGAAGGCAAGGGCAUUUAAAAAGAGAAGCUUUGCACAUCGCUAUCCACGACUCUUCAUUACUAUGAGCGUGACAACUAUUUUGACUAUACUCUUUCAUAAACCCAUCUAUGAGAUAUGCACGAAUCAAGUAGAAACGCUGGACAUAGAG